AUGCUGCUAUCCGCGAGGGAAUUGCAACCGUUUGCCACCAUCAUUGGUCUGCAACUAUAUCCGAAGGUGUCUAGACCUCAGGAUCGAUCAGUACCACUGCCGACUUACUGCGCGCCCCAAUCCACUACAGCUGUGCUACACCCUCAGUAUCCUGAUCGGAUCCUGUUGGCCGUCCCAGCCUCUCGUCAAUUGACACACUGUGGUCGUCCGUUGCCGAAUUCUUCUGUUCUACAGACGUAUGAUAUCAACACGAACAGCCACCUCUCUCGGCAAGCUCUUGCACGUACGAACGCAACUACUUUGAGUGUUAGCCCUGAAGGGUCGCAAAUAGUUGCCCCGGAUGUCAAUCAUCUAUGUAUCUCCCACGACGGGAAAUGGAUGGCUACUGUCGAUGAUUGGUGUCCAUACCCACAGGACGUCGAAGCUUUGGAGCUGCUGGGUCAAAAGGAAGCGACAGGUAUCACAUUACGAGAGACGUACUUGAAGUUCUGGAAGUGGAAUACCGGUUCGGCUAUCUGGGAAUUGGCGACGCGCGUCGAUGGGCCCCAUUUUUCACGAGAUGGCCCUCUCCCGGUGCUGGAGCUCGCUUCUCGGCCACGAGGCCAUGAAUUUGCUACCAUCGGCCUCGAUAUGGUUGUGCGCUUUUGGUGUCCAACUAUCAGGUAUCGUAGCGGGUUGAAGGCAGCAAAUGAUACCAGCUCCCUGGAGGCGUGGAAAUGCCGAAGCAGCGUCGACUUGAGUGGAUAUUUCACGAACCAUGCGCCUGGCCAAUCAACUGCGGCAUCCAUCAGCUUCUCCCAGGAUGGCUCAGUGCUUGCUGUCUGCGCGCAGUCGGUCGACCCGUCGGAUGCUGGCCUGGCUGUUCUCAUUGACGCACAAAGCUGUGAAGUCCAUUACAGCAGAACCGGCUUAUACACUGGUAAGCCCUGUGUAACCAGAUUCAUGGGAUGUCAUCUGGCUAUUGCUUCAGAACAGUCUCUGUCGAUUUGGAACAUUGUCGAUGAUACAGUGAGGGUGGUUGCUUUGCCCGGAAGCAACUAUUCCGCUACCGCUUCGCCCUUGCUGGCUGUGAGCCCUAUGACUGAGACAUUUGCCGUUGCUACUCCCGAUGUGCAGGAAAACCACUCCGUGAAGAAAUCACGGCAACCUCAGUUCCGUGUUCGGGUCUAUGAUAUUCACUCCUUGUCCCUGGUUUAUCAAUCCCCGCUCAGGCAUUGCCCUCUGGCCCUGCUUGCAGACCCAAGUUCAGUUGACUAUAUCAUUGUGGAUUCUGCAGCCAAUAUACAACGGCUUGGUAGCACAACAAAGAUUUCUCAUCCCAGCCAGUCGUCUCCUGAUACGGCUAUUCAGCUUCAUUCAGGCCUUGCGAGUUUGUUUGGUAGCCAACUCCGCGGGACCGGUAUCACAUCCCUUCCCCAUGGGUCUGAUUCCUUGCCUCGCUUAGAUCCAUCAACCGCUCAGAGCAAAAGUCUGGCCACCGUCUUUGGAGAUGUCCCCCCUUUCAUUUUGCCCCCCGCCAAUAAACUUUUCCACGAUGUUGUGCAUGCGCUUUCCGGCUAA